GUGUGCAUUAACAAUAUGGCGGGAUACGAACGCUGCUGGAAGUUGGAAUAUGAUAGAAGCAGACUAUGGAUUUACCCUUUGUUAUUUCUGUUACUGAGUGUUUCACCAAUCGAUUCGUCUGAAAAUAGCGUGUUGCCCGUGGCAGAUGCAAACUGGACUGUCAUUUUAGAAGGGGAAUGGAUGUUAAAAUUCUAUGCCCCGUGGUGCCCAGCUUGUCAGCAUCUGCAAAACGACUGGGACGGCUUCGCUAAACAAAGCGAUGCCCUAGGCAUCUCCGUAGGGAAGGUGGAUGUGACGCGACAGCCAGGUUUGAGUGGGCGAUUCCUGGUGACUACCCUGCCGACUAUAUUCCAUGCUAAAGAUGGCAGUUUCCGGAGGUACAUGUCUUCGCGCUCUGUGGAGGACUUCCAGGCCUACGUCUCGCAGAAGAAGUGGGAGGCAGUGGAGCCUUUGCCAGGGUGGAAGUCACCCUCCUCUUUCCUGAUGUCAGGCAUGGCAGCUCUCUUUCGACUCUCCGUAUGGAUCAGGCAAAUCCACACGUACCUGACUGACAGCCUGGGGAUCCCAGUGUGGGGAUCCUACAUCAUCUUCGCCCUGGUAACCUUGUUCACUGGCCUGCUUCUGGGACUGUUGCUGGUGUUGAUCGCAGACUUCUUUUGGCCUUCGAGACCAAGACACAGUGACAGGACUGCCAGAGGAAAAGGAGCGAUGGACGAGGGUUCCGAGGGCGAGCUGGAGGAACCCUUCCUGGAGGAAGAGGAGAGGAGGGCGGCAUGGGACGCGGACAACGAGCUAGUCUCCGGUGAAGACUCCGGCGCGGAAGACGACGCCACGCCUGUUGCAGAGGUUUCGGACGAUACCACGGUGACUCCCUCGCAAGACGAAGCCCCCACGGACCUGAGGAAAAGGAGGCCCCCACAGCAGGAGCCCCAGAGCACCUCAGACGGCACCUAAUGUCACCUCUUGCC